UCAGACGUAAUAAUUAAAGACCGAAACUCACAACAACAGCACAUUUCCUUCUGCACUCUGAGACCUUAAUCAAACACGGUUACAAACACGGACGUGAGGACCAGUAGAAGACAUGACAUUAGUACAAACCGAUUUAUUAUAACGUCCUGAUAUUUAAGCACCUGUACUUGACAGUAAUGUUUGAUUUAAAUGGCGGGUGGAAUCUCUCGUUCGCUGGAUGCGGAUUUUUGGGGAUUUAUCACAUCGGCGUUGCGAGCUGUCUUCUGGAGAAAGCACCUUAUCUGGUCCGUGGGGCCACUAAGAUCUACGGAGCCUCCGCAGGGGCCCUCACUGCCUCUGUGCUCACUACUGAGGCAUGUUUAGAGAAAUGUUGUGAGGAUGUCAUUGAAGUUGCCAAAGAGGCUCGAAAGCGUAAUCUGGGCCCUUUGCACCCAACGUUCAACCUGGUCAAGGUGUUACGUGGAGGCCUGUAUCGUGACCUCCCUUCCAAUGCACACACACUAGCGUCAGGCCGACUGUGUGUAUCCCUCACACGAGUCAUGGAUGGACAGAAUGUUCUGGUCUCAGACUUUAGCUCCAAAGAUGAGCUCAUCCAAGCACUUGUUUGUAGCUGUUUCAUUCCUGUAUAUUGUGGUUUGAUCCCUCCUGCCUUCUGUGGUGUGCGUUAUGUAGAUGGUGGUAUCAGUGACAAUCUGCCUCAGUCAGAGCUGAAGAACACCAUCACCAUUUCUCCAUUCUCAGGAGAGAGUGACAUCUGUCCUAAAGACAAUUCCACCAGCUUCCACGAGCUGCGUUUCACCAACACCAGCAUCCAAGUCAACCUCGACAACAUGUACAGACUAAGCAAAGCUCUGUUCCCUCCAGAGCCAAAAGUGCUGGCAGAGAUGUGUCAGAGUGGGUAUAAAGACGCCCUCCGAUUUCUCCAGGAAAACAAUUUGCUACAGGUGGCUUGUCCGACAGCAGACAUGACUCUGAUUCAGGACACACCCACCUGCUGCUGCCCCCCAGGCAAUAAAAAUCCAGUUGUCGUGGAAACCACAAAACAGUGGGUGCUGCAGAGACUCCGCCUCUUGAGAAAGCAUCACUGGUGGUUGGAUGAGCAGCUUGUUGACAACCUGCCCAUGCCCAUUAAGAAAGUUUUUUGUGAGGCCUGCAGAGAAAAGCAUGGUCUACUGGCACAGGUGACUGGUUUUCUGCCAAUGCGUGUGGCUUCAUACAUGUUGAUGCCUUACACGCUACCAGUGGAAUCAGUUUACUCAGCAGCACAUAGGUUUUUGGAGUGGAUUCCAGAAGUCCCUGCAGAUGUGCGCUGGCUUGCUGAGGUUGCAGGAGGUUUUUACAGACUGCCUUGGAAAGGUUUGACAUCAGAGAAAAGCAGUGGCGCCCCCUUGAGAAGAUGUGUGAGCGAACCACCAAUAGUAGAUAUACAGACACCUGUCAUAGAGCAAAACGGACACAUACCUCUUUCUGCCAGCAACCUUGACGGUUACAACUGGACUUUUCCAGACAACCUCCGUGAGGCUCCCUCUGUCGACCCACUGGAUAGAUCAAAUAACACAAGAACCUCCCCCAGAAAGAUGUGCUUUUUCGUUGGCUCACAGGACAAUCAUGAGAGCCAAAUGGACCAGUGAAGGGGCUUCUUGCCUUAAUAAUCUAUAUAGAGGACUGGAAGACAGUUGGACAGUUCUGAAACAUUUGUUGCAAAAUUAGGCAAUAGGAAAUAUGGGUUUGCGUAGUUGUAAGCUCUGGAAUACACAGCUUAGAGUAUAAAUGACAUGUCAAGCACUCCUCUUGUGAUAUGACUCUCCAUAUGUACCUUUCUUCUCCAUUCAGAACCAAAGAUGUAUUUGUCAAUUCUCUGGUAAAACUACUUUGAGUAUGGCUGUAUAUUUGAGCACAUUUGCUUUUGGACUAUUGUAUCAGUCAGUCUGUUUAGCUGACUUGAAUGAAGAAAGGAAAGUUAACUUAUUGCAUCAGGUGCUAAGAGUUCUCUGAGACCUCAACUCUUGAAAUACUAUUAUACGUGCCAUCAAAUCAAAUAAAUCAAAUCAAAUAAA